UCAGCUUUGGAUAGAUCACAAUCCAAGAGAGAUGGAGGUUUUAAAAAUAAUUGGAGCUUUGAUCAUGCUGAAGAAAGUGAAGGAGACACAGAGAAAGAUGAGGCAAAUCUGCUCAGCAUAGAUGACAGUGAUGGGCCCUUCAGUCCAAACGGAGAUAGAAAGUCAGUUCGAUGUCGGCCUGGAACUGUCGGCACCAGUGGCGAUUCCAUAAAAACGUACGCAAGGCGAGGCAAAGCUGGCAGCUUGAGACUCUUUAAAGGGAACUCCAUAGGUCUCAACAUGAUGGGAAAUAGCAAGAAACUGAGUGAAAAUGCUCAGACUAUGUCUUGUCCCGUAACUGUGGUACAUGGUAGACGUUUUCACCACGCACAUGCACAGACAACAGUAGUAAAAACAGCAGCCCAAAGCAAUCUGGAUCGAAAGGAAAGAAAAGAGUAUCCCCCUCAGCUUCAGAAAGUAGAAGCAGACCACAUUAGAUUACCACGGCCUCAAGGAGUGGACAGUAUAAUGGAAAACACAGAAGAGUCAGAGUCAGAAUCAGAAUCUGAAAUUAAGAGGAAGGUACAACAGAAACGUCACUGCAAUUCCUAUCAGUCUGACUUGUCUGCAUCUUCUACCACAAAAAAAUGCUUAACCCAAUUAAAGCUAUUGGAACAAAUUGAUUAUUCAACUGAUUGCCCAAAUUGUGGGCGGGCGAAUGAAAAUCAAACCAAAUGCCGACAUUGUGAAAAUGUUUCUCUUAAGCAUUUGCAAAGAGUCUCCAGGCAAACUGUGACAUUAGGUGAAUCCGUGGGACCUUUAUCGCGUUCUUCAAUACAUCAGAAUUCAACAGGGCAAAAACCUUCAGGUACAGGGUUCAACACAAAGAAGUUUUAUAGUUCUACUGUUGGGAAAGCUCCAGUGGAUAUUCUCCUGAGCAGUGAUGUUGUAGGACAUUCGAUGUUACGACAGAAUGGAAAAGUUGGUCUUAUAACUGCCACAAAAGGUCCUAAAAUUACAGGAAACCUAAGACAAAGGAGUACAAGGCCGUCUGAACUAAAUGAUCCAAUUGUUUUGUCUAGUGAUGAUGAUGAUGAGGAGGAUAGUGGCAGCACUAGGAGAAUGGAAAGCAUUUCACCUCGUCCUGCAGAUUCAGCCCGCUCCUCCCCAGCUCCUUCUACAGGAAAGGUGGAAGCAGCAUUAAAGGAAAACAGUUGUGGAAUAGAACAGAGAAUAGGUAGUAUUACAACAGAUACAGAAAUUGCAGUCACACUACCAAGAAAAGCAAGAAUGAAAGAUCAGUUUGGCAACAUUGUGUCUAACACUCCAAUAAAACGUCGCAAAGUUAUUUCUCAAGAAAUUGUAACUGAAACAGUACCUCUAACUUAUCAAAAUGCCUGUGAAAGCGUCAUUCUGAACUGCCGAAGUAUACGAAUAGGAACCCUACGAAGAAUGGUGGUUGAACCUGUAAUUUUUUGCCUAGAUUAUAUCAAAAUACGGCUAGAAAGUCAAGAAGAAUCAGAAAGUGAUGUCCGAGACAUUAACCUGAAGACCUCCGAGCUCACCAAAUGUGAAUGGUGCAGUGUCCGAAAAUUACCAGUGGUUUUUCUACAAACGGUACCGUCAACCUGCAGCAGCCUCAGGGAGCAGCUGAAGAUGAGUAAAGAUAAUGUGUGGUAUGAAUGUAAAGGAGACAGUCAAGAAGAGCAGUAUAUCAUUCUGAUUUUUGAAACUGGCCUCGAUCCUCAUGCAAACUCGAUCUUUGAGAAAAUUAUUACUGACAUUGGUAUUAGAAAUAAUAUUUCUGACUUCUUUGUGAAAAUUUCCUUUGAAGAAGCCAAUGGCAGACUGGUUGCAUUUACAAAGUGCUUGGAAGACAAUUCCAAAGGAAGCCCCUCUCAUAGAGAAAACAAAAUAAAAAAUGUUGCUUCUGAGCCCAAAAUGCAGCAACGGAAUAAACAACUACCAUAUUUUGAUGAUGAUGAAGAAAUUGGAGAACCACAUACAGUAUUUAUUGGCCCCAUAGAAAAAUUAAUCGUUUACCCACCACCUCCUGCUAAAGGUGGUAUUUCUGUGACCAAUGAAGACCUCCAUUGCCUGAAUGAAGGAGAAUUUUUAAAUGAUGUUAUUAUUGAUUUUUAUUUAAAGUAUUUGGUACUUGAAAAACUGAAAAAAGAAGAUGCUGAUAGAAUACAUGUGUUCAGUUCAUUCUUCUAUAAACGCCUUAAUCAGAGAGAGAGAAGAAAUGUUCAUGAAACCUCAAACCUUUCAAUACAACAAAAACGACAUGGGCGAGUGAAAACGUGGACGCGUCAUGUUGACAUUUUUGAGAAAGAUUUUAUUUUUGUCCCCCUUAAUGAAGCUGCCCACUGGUUUUUGGCUGUCAUCUGUUUUCCUGGUUUAGAAAAACCUAAUAUGAACCAAAUCCUCACUAUCAUGAAAAUGCUGCAACACAGAUAAAAUCUUCCUCUUCAGAUGGAGAGCGCAACACUCCAUCUCCUUUGCCAAAUGAGUUUGAAUUACAAAACUCGCCUUCCAAGUCCACGACGAAGAAGAUAUUGACCAAAAAAUAUAACACAGCUUUAAUUGACCCAAACACUGAAGCAGAGGACAGUGAGUCUUCGUGUUGUAGGAGAAGUCCCUGUAGGGGAAAAAGUGGCUUCAAGAAACUAAAUCAAAUAGACAGUGAUGUGGAAGAACCUAACACUGUGCAGUCAGCAUGCCAUAAACUUGACCAUAGGGCUCCAGAUGAAAAUGGUAUACAGGGUGAAUUCACAACUGCCAGCCAAUCUCUUGGUAUGUAAUUGUAAAAAU